AUGCAGGAACAAGCCGAGCUUGGGCCGCCGUCUGUGGCCGUCAAGACAGCAGUUACCUCUUCUUCGGUGCUGGCUCUGAUCAGCGUUGUUUGUGAGAUUCUUACGAGAUACCGAGUCGAUCCCAGUGGCGGCAUUGUUGCCGUGAUUAGGCCCACCGAUGGCAAUAUCGACGCCGCCAGCGACCGUCCCAGCGUGGAGGACCGACCCAUCUUCCUAUCCCAUGCUAAAUCUUUCGAUUUCCUCUGGUCCAGCCAAAUCUUGGUGGUCAUCACCUGCAUCUCCCUCGCCGGAUAUGGUCGUUGGGACUUCGCCGUUGCUCUCGGAAUCCACCAAACUCUGUUCCAGCGAUUGCACUUGGUUAAGAAAUGGGAACCAGGGCGCAGAAAGCUCUGGCACGCUGCUGCUUGCAGUGGUUUGGUGCUUGGACUGCUGAUUGUGAGCGUCUUCCUGGCCGAGCGCGGCAGGGAGCCAAAAGCGGCCGGCGAUUUUUGGAUGCCUGACCGUGCUGGCAAGUAUCUUCCAUUGUCGGUCGUCACGCUCGUUCAUGUCUGGAUUUCCUUGCCUUCAUACCCCGAGAUUCAGGGCGACAUCAAUCUCGCUUGCGCUGGCGCCGACUCUACCGUUGCCCUCGUGAACGAGAGCUUGUUGGUAGCCAGCUCGCUGCACCGGAAAUGCGGCGUUGGUCCAGACGGGUCCGGGGCCGGGUCCGAGCCGGCGGAGUGA